CCCAACGAUACUUUACUUUUUAUUUUAUUUUUCUCUAAAAUCUUAAAUCUUAUCCGAUUUUCUCCAAAAGUCAUAAAAUUUAAUUUAUAAGUUCAACCUACGAUGAUUUAUGUAAUUGUGAAUAAUUAACUUGAGAAAUACGAUUGUUUUUAUAUCUCUUUUUUAUUUUUAUAAAUAUACAAGUAUUUGUAGUUUCAAAUCACAAAAUACUUGUAGUUCUCACAAUUUAUAGAAACGGAAUUGCACGCUUUGAAUCCUCGUGGUAUUUCGGUUCGAUAUUUUGAUCGAUACUUCCACGUAGUAAUCGCAGUUCGAUGAAUUUUUAAUUGUCUAAUUAGUAAUUAUUUUAGAAUGCUUGCAAUAUUUUUUUUAUGGAAAAUAAUUUCGAUCGAUCUAUUUAUAAGUUUUCUUGUAAGAGGUCUAAAGGCAAUUCGUUCUCUAUAUAGAUGGAAUUAAGUAUGUUAAGAUUCGAAAUUUAGACUAUUACGUAUUUUUCGGCUUGUUUAUAUUGUUCGACCGAAGAAAAUAUUUUAUUAAAGUAUUUCAAACUUAUAAUUUACAGAGAAGAUAUGGAAAAGGUAAAUAUCGUUUUCCAUAAUAAUGGUACUGUAAGUUAUCAACACAAGAAGAUAUUAAACUUUGUACCAGAAAUGUCGAAAGACAAGAACCUUAAAGUAAUAGUACCAAACAUUCCGUUAUUAACGUUGUCGACACAAAGCAAAGGACUACCUCGAAUUAUUAAUUUGGGAUUACACAUGUUUUUGGGAGGAAUGCGGAUGACGCCGUUUGUUCCGGUAACUGCCGAACAACUUGUUUUUGGAUACGACGAUCCGCUAGUUAGCAUCGCACAUCAAUUUUUUCCGAAAACGAGACGUCCCAUGAGUCAAAUGGGGCUUCUACUUGGGAGGAAUGGCACGUUAGAAGAAGUGUCCACUAUUUUUACGGGGCAUACGGAUAUGAAAGAGUUUGGAUUAAUAAAUCGUUUAAACGGAUUAGAUCGUUUGCCAUAUUGGCCAAAUUCACCUUGCGAUUCCAUUCGAGCUUCAGAAGGAUCGUUUUUUCCACCCCGUGAUAAAACUGGUUCAGAUAUCGUACAUAUUUGGGAUAAAGAUCUUUGUCGCACUUUACCUUUGCAAUAUCGUGGUCCGGUUAAAAAGUCAGGAAUCAAAGCAGAUUUAUAUACACCGCCUGAUUCUGUGUUUGGACGUCCCAAUGAAACUAGUCCAGAAAAUGAAUGCUUCUGUUCAGAUGACAUGUCCACCUGUCCUUUUAAUGGAUUGCAAAAUAUCAGUCCUUGUCAGUACACUGCACCUGUUUACCUUUCCUUUCCGCAUUUCUACAAAGCUGAUCCCAAGUUAUUAGACGCAGUACACGGAUUAAAACCAAAUCGGGACAUACAUGAAACUUACUUUAAAAUUCAACCGAAACUUGGCGUGCCGUUGGAAGGAAAAGUGCGCGUUCAGUUAAACCUAAAGGUGGAACACCAACCAUACAUCGGCGUGGUGUCGAAUUUUCCCGACAUAGUAUUUCCUAUUAUGUGGGUCGAAGAGGGUAUCGAAGAACUGACACCUUCUAUCCGCAGAUGGAUCUAUUUAGCAACAACAUUUAGCGACGUUGCUGCCCCUUGUACCUCGUACGGAUUAAUUCUAGUCGGUAUAACAAUCGUAUUCGCGGUUUUCGUGAAGGCUUACAACAACGUGAUGUUUACGCACGAAGCGAUCGAACUAGGUAAACGAACCAUAAGAAGAGGUUCCACGUUGUUAGUAAAUGGACAGCACAAGUUAUUAAUUACACGAGAACAAUACGUUUUGCUCAGUAACGAUAACGACGAGAAGUCAGCAAGAAUAGAAUAAAUGUCUAGCUGUAAUAGUAAUACGAUUGUAUCUGUAACGAUUAAACGAAUAGUAUUGGAUUCACAUUCGGAUGAGUAAUCGCGAACAGCGGCGACGAGUAAUCGCGUAAAUCGCCUCGUAGCAUAGGAUUUCUAAUCGUUUGAUACUAUAGACCAAAGUUUUCCUUCCAAUUACCUGAAGAAUAGUUUGAUGUAUAUCGAUUGCAAUAGCAUGGGUUUGGCAAACAUUCGACGAUCACCUACACAUUCUUUUUUAAUCUUUCUCUUUUCUUCGACCGUAUCUGUGAUUUCAUCUUUUUAUUUAUAUCGUCGAUGUACGAAACAGAUCGUGCUUGGACGAACAGAAACGGGUAACAAAGCGGUCAAAGAAUAAUGUUCGAGAAGUUUAGUGGCUACAAAAAGUAUUUGCUUCUUUUUCCAAUAAAGCAUUUUUAUCAGUUUUUUAUCAGAUUCUACAUAGCAUUUUCAUAAUACGUAUCAAACUUUUAUCCUCGUAUAAAAGUACUACUAAAUAAUACGAAAUAUAAGAUAUUUGGUUUGUAAGAGUAGGCCUCGGUGUGAUGCAGAAGGGUCUGUCUUAAUUCUCCAUCGAGCUUAUUAAUCUAUACGCAUAAAAAAGAAACUAAUUUUUGGAAUUUUUGUCAGCCUGUUGGUUAUUGUUGCGUCGUAUUUCUUAAAAAAUCGAACCCUUUUAUAAUUUUUUGUUCUUUUCUUUUCUUUUCUCCUCUCAUUUUACUCCUCCUCUUACAGGACCUAAUCAAACAGCGUCUAAAUGCAAUAAUAGAUAGAGUGUUGUGCAAAUACCUUUUCUAAUCACUGUAUAUAUAUACGUUCAACGAAUUUGUUUAACUACGAUAGAGUACGCGUUGUACAUAAAGUUACUUCUGCACGAUAAUUAACAAGUGGAAUAUUAGUACUAUGUAUGUAUGUGUAUGCUAGUUGUUAAUAGCAAGCGAUUGCCAAGACUCAAUGAAGGCAUGUAGGAAUACGAUUGAUAUUAUCGAAUAAUAUUAAUGAAUAUGUUUGAUUUUUAUUAUUUAGGGUUUUGUUGUUUUUAGAAUCAUAAGAGACAAAAUCGAAGAGUUCGUUAAAAUUUCAACGCCUGCGAUUGGAUCUUCGAAUAUUACUAAAAAUAAUGUUCCAAGUGAAAAUCACAUAUAAUAAUAUAUAUAUGCAUUACAUUUUACAGCUGGCAACCAAUAAAAUUUACUUACUCAUAAAAUAAUACUUUAUAAAAGUAACAUGUCACUUAAUUAGUUUCGUUAUAGGCAUAUUUCAGUAGGUCUAAAAGAUAUACUUGAGAACAACUUAAACAACGAUCAAAAUUUUUAUGAUUUUAAUCGUUCGUAAAAGUACGUAAUUUUGCGCUUUAUUAUAUUUUUAGGUCGUUCGUUCAAUUGGUAAGUGAAUUAUUGUUACUGAUAAUAAAAUUUAUUACAAUUUUAUAUGCUAUAUAUUCUAUAUUUUUGUUGAAACAAGUAAUAUGGGUUAACUUUAUAUCUGAAAAUACGUGGAUUAACAUUAACGUGUGAAUUUUUUAAAUAAAGUUUUAUUUGCAUCACUGAAAAAAAUAAUUAACUUAUCUACUACUAUAAUUAUUAUUAUUUAUUAUAACUUAAAUUUAAAAAUACGCAUUACAAAACACAAUUAACAAAGUUAUAUCAGAUUGUAUUUAGAAUAUUACCGAGUGUGUAAAGAAUUGUAAGCUAAACGAUUCCUUUGUAAAAAAAUUUUAUACUUUAGAACAUGCUUGACUCGAGCUGAAGUACGCAUUUGGAUAUAGCACUAUACAACGGUAUCACAUUUUAGAUAAAGCCCAGCAGUUUAUUAUAACGCAAGGAUAAUAUUAUAUUUACAUUUUUAAUCGACGAUAAUCUUCGUUCAAUAAAUUUUACUAUUCUUGCUAUGCUAUAAAUUACACAUUACAAAAAAAUGAUGAGGUUUAUAUCACGUCAAACUUUUUAUAAGAAUAUAAAUAAUAAUAUAAUUAUUUAAAAGUUAUCGUACUAAAUUAGAUGAAUGUUUAGAAUUUUUUUAAUGUUUAAAUAUUGGUGUUAUUUUCCACAUGUUAGUGGUAAGAACGUUAGCGUGAAAAGAAUUUACAUUUUUGAAAAUUAAUUCUGAAAAUAAUACAUGUAUAUUUUGAAAAAAAAAAAAAAAAAACUCGGAAGAAUAAAAUAUCAUAUUACAAUUUAUCCGAUGGUGUCGAGUCUCUUAUCUUAAUUACGUUCUCGUAUUCUGUAAUUCGUCGAUUUCGUAAUUCGUGCUUAAUAGCGUUUUAUUAUUUACAUGCACAGAUAUGUUCUACACAUCCUUAAUAAGCUACCGAUUGUGAGCUAAAGUUGCUCUA